AUGCACUUCUCUACCGCCACCGUCAUCGCUGCACUUCCCUUCCUCGUCGCUGCUCUCCCGUCCCCGGCACCCAAGAACGGGAUUGCUGUUGACUUGGCCAAGCGCUCCGGCUCCCGUCGCGCUGACGGCACCGUCGACCCUGCGAAGCUCAAGGCCAACAUCAAGGCAUCCGUUGCCAAGAUCCAGCGCGGUCUCGCGAACUAUGAGCGCAACACCGGCAAUACCCACCCGCUCGCAAAGUCGUUCAAGAGCACGCAGAAGCGCGACACCGGCGCCGACCCUCUGACCGACGUUUCGGCCGAGCUCUGGUACGGCACGAUCUCCGUCGGCACUCCCUCGACCGACUACACUGUCGACUUUGAUACCGGCUCCAGCGACCUCUUCCUCCCCGGCUCGGACUGCGGCUCGACGUGCUCGGGUCACACACUCUACGACCCCAGCUCCAGCUCGACGUCGGAGGAUGUUGGCAAGGACUUCUCGCUCCAGUACGGUGAUGGCUCGACCGUCUCAGGCGAGCAGUACACCGAUACUGUCACUAUUGCUGGCCUCACUGCCGACAAGCAGACGCUUGGCGCCGCGAAGCAGUACUCCUCCGGCUUCGAGAGCUCGCAGUUCCCUGCUGACGGUUUGAUGGGCAUGGGUUUCAAGUCGAUCUCCGACUACAACGCCGACCCCGUCUUCCAGACUCUCGUCUCGAGCGGUGCCGUCACUGACUCCGUCUUCGGCUUCAAGCUCUCCGACUCUGGCGCCGAGCUAUACCUCGGUGGCACAAACGACGACCUCGUUGGCGGCGACUUCACCUACGUUCCCGUCACCCAGGAGGGUUACUGGCAGGUCGACAUGGACGGCUUCAGCGUUGGCGGCUCACAGGCCGUCUCCUCCACCAGCGCGAUCAUCGACACCGGAACCACGCUCAUUGUUGGCGACUCGCAGUCCGUUGCCAGCGCGUAUGAGAGCAUCUCGGGCGCUCAGGACAACGGCGAUGGCACCUACACCGUCGACUGCGACCUUGAUACCGACAUCAGCAUCACCUUCGGCGGGCAGGACUUCACUAUCUCCCCAUCUACGUUCGCGCUUGACGCUGGCAACGGUCAGUGCAUCGGCGGCCUCUCGUACGAGGACAGCAUUGCGAGCGAGUUCUGGAUCGUUGGCGACGUCUUCCUUCAGAAUGUGUACACCGCAUUCGAUGUCGGCAAAAGCCAGGUCGGCUUCGCCACUCUCUCAUGA